AUGCAGACCACCGUCCCUCCAGCCUGGACCGACCCCCACCUGUUCCUGACUCCCACCCUGACCUCCGGGAGAUCAGGACUCUCCUGUGGCUUCCGUGGGUCUCCUGGAAUCCACGCAGCGGGGGAGGAGCCCAGAGUGGAGCUGGAGGCUGCUGAGCUGUGGAGGCAGUUCCACGGACACGUCACGGAGAUGGUCAUCACUAAAGCCGGGAGGCGCAUGUUCCCGCCGCUCAGAGCCAGGUGCGUGGGCAUGGACAGGGCGGCCAGGUACCUCCUGCUGGUGGACGUGGUGGCGGCGGACGGCUGCAGGUACAAGUUCAGCAAGCAGCGGUGGACGGUGGCCGGGAGGGCGGAGCCAGAGCCGCGCAGGCGGCUGUACGUCCACCCGGACAGCCCGGCCACGGGGGAGCAGUGGAUGGCCAAGGCGGUCCACUUCAACAGACUCAAGCUGACCAACAACCUGUCUGACCCACGCGGACAGAUCAUCCUGAACUCGAUGCACAAAUACCAGCCCCGGUUCCACAUAGUGAGAGCCGACGACAUCCGGAAGCUUCCCAGCAGCCCCGUCAGAAGCUUUGUGUUCACUGAGACGCAGUUCAUGGCAGUGACGGCCUAUCAGAACGCCACGAUCACACAGCUGAAGAUCGACAACAACCCGUUUGCUAAAGGCUUCAGGGACGCGGGGAGCAGGAAGAGAGACAGGAGGAAGCUUCAGCAGUCUGGAAACAACAGUCUGGAAGCUUCUUCUUCUUCUUCUUCUGGUGACUGCAGGUCUCCAGCUGCAAACAUUUCCUCCACCAGCUGUGAGUCCAGCAGCUACAGAGGCCUGAAAGCAGAGCAGGAACGCCUUAAUGAUGAGGAGGCAAAGCUGAGCAGCAGUUGCCAUGGAGACCCCCUGUUAGAGUCCCUCACAGCAGCACGGAAGCCGACCAAAAGGUGGCGUCCCGGCGGAAGCUCCGCCCCCUCAGGCAGAAGAAGCUGCUCCAAGGACUGGGAGAAAGGUCAGGAUGUCAGACGAUGCUGCAGCUUCCCACCCUGCUGCUGGCUCUUCUCUCCUCACCACUUCAACCAACAUCUGAACAGCUCAGACUGGACACCAGCCCACAGCUGCUCCAGAUGUGCCGCUGGCAGAGCCGUGCAGCUCAGACCCAGCCUGGCGGCGCCUGCUGGGACUCCUCUGUGGGUGUCCCUCAGCCAGCAGGCAGGGCUUCAGGAAGCGAUGAGCGUCUGGCCGUACGGAGGCUUCCUCCCGGUGGAGCCUUUCUCCAGAGCAUCAUCGCUGGUUCUGCAGCAGAUCCCCAUCACACAGCCCACAGUCAGCGCCUCUACCAACCUCUAUGCCCACAAUUUAUUCUCUUCCGUUCUCUCAUCAUCUGUUCCUGCAUCAGUGGAAAGCUGCUGCAGCUUUUAGACUCAGCCUGCAGCCUGAAGAAGUGACCAGCAGAGGGAGCACUCUGACCCCCGCCUUCCUCUGAUGCAUGAACAGGAUGCAGAGCAAUGCCUCACCUCUCUGCAGGUCCC